GCCGCGCCCCCUACUCUCCGGAUACUUGGGAGGGGACGCGCGGGCACCGUCGCUGCUGGACGGCCGCGAUGGCGCCGGCGGCCAGCGCGUGUUCUGGAGCGCCUGGCUCCCGCCUGGCCACCGUGGUCUCCGUGUGUCUCUUCCUCAUCAUUUACUGCUCAGACCCUGCCAGUGCUGUCCAGGUGACUGUGUCUGACCCCUACCACGUAGUGAUCCUGUUCCAGCCAGUGACACUGCCCUGCACCUAUCAGAUGGGCAGCACCCUCACACCCCCCAUCGUGAUCUGGAAGUACAAGUCAUUCUGCCGCGACCGUGUUGCUGAUGCCUUCUCCCCUGCCAGCGUGGACAACCAGCUAAACGCCCAGCUGGCAGCUGGCAACCCCGGCUACAACCCCUAUGUGGAGUGCCAGGACAGUGUACGCACUGUCAGGGUGGUGGCCACCAAACAGGGCAAUGCUGUGACCCUGGGAGACUACUACCAGGGCAGGAGGAUCACCAUCACAGGAAACGCUGACCUGACCUUUGAGCAGACCGCCUGGGGAGACAGUGGAGUGUAUUACUGCUCCGUGGUCUCAGCCCAAGAUCUGGAUGGGAACAACGAGGCAUACGCAGAGCUCAUCGUCCUUGGCAGGACCUCAGAGGCCCCUGAGCUCCUACCUGGUUUUCGGGCGGGGCCUUUGGAAGAUUGGCUCUUUGUGGUCGUGGUCUGCCUGGCGGGCCUCCUCCUCUUCUUCCUCCUGGGCAUCUGCUGGUGCCAAUGCUGUCCUCACACCUGCUGCUGCUAUGUCAGAUGUCCCUGCUGCCCAGACAAGUGCUGUUGUCCUGAGGCCCUUUAUGCUGCUGGCAAAGCAGCCACCUCAGGUGUCCCGAGCAUCUAUGCCCCCAGCAUCUAUACCCACCUCUCUCCUGCCAACCCACCACCUCCGCCUGCCAUGAUUCCCAUGGGUCAUCCCUAUGGGUACCCUGGAGACUUUGACAGGACUAGCUCAGUUGGUGGCCACAGCUCCCAGGUACUGCUUCGUGAA